UGCUCUGCCUAGAAACCUGUCGUUUCUGCUCAUAAUUUCUCCAUCCGGAUUGUUGGUCGUGAAUCCUUAUAGCUCCUCGUAAUCUUGUUUGGUUUCCUUUGACGGAACUUUUUAGGGGAGGGAGGACUAAAAGAGGUAACAUUCAGCUGUUUCGGGCGGUGAGUUUACGCCCCACGGCAGAAGCAGAAGGCGCGUCAGUGUUCAGCACCAUGGAGAGCGGCGUGGUGCACAUAUUCAAAGAGGACCGCUGUGCUUCGGGCCAGCCGGGGGAGUGCGACCCGAACUUCACCUGGCAGUCCGGCUUAUCGGACAUCUUCAACUACACUCCAAACGGCACCUGGGACGCGGAACCCGAGCCGAUGUCACCCAUCAUACCCAUCAUAGUCGCCGUGUACUCCGUGGUGUUUGUAGUGGGCUUGGUGGGCAACUGUUUAGUAAUGUAUGUCAUCAUUAGAUACACCAAAAUGAAAACAGCCACUAACAUCUACAUCUUCAACCUGGCUGUGGCUGAUGCCCUGGUCACUACUACCAUGCCCUUCCAGAGCACUGACUACCUGCUCAGUUCCUGGCCAUUUGGCGAGGUGGCGUGUAAGGUCUUCAUCUCCAUCGACUACUACAACAUGUUCACCAGUAUUUUCACCCUGACCAUGAUGAGCGUGGAUCGAUAUAUUGCCGUGUGUCACCCAGUCAAGGCCCUGGAUUUCCGCACCCCUGUGAAAGCAAAGAUCAUUAAUGUGAUCAUCUGGGUGCUCUCCUCAGCUGCUGGGAUCCCUGCCAUGGUGCUGGGCAGCACCAAUACCAACAAUGGGACCACAGAAUGUGCUUUACAGUUCCCUGAGCCUUACACCUACUGGGACACCCUGAUGAAGAUAUGUGUUUUCAUCUUCGCAUUUGUGGCGCCCCUUAUCAUCAUCUCUGUUUGCUACACCCUGAUGGUGCUGCGACUGAAGAGCGUGCGCCUCCUGUCAGGCUCACGCGAGAAAGACCGUAACCUACGCCGGAUCACUCGCCUGGUGCUGGUGGUGGUUGCUGUCUUUGUGGUGUGCUGGACGCCCAUCCACAUCUUCAUCCUUGUCAAAGCGUUGUCAGCCAACAUACCCGAGACCACUGCCGUCAUGGCUGCCUACUUCUUCUGCGUGGCGCUGGGCUACACCAACAGCAGCCUCAACCCCAUCCUUUAUGCUUUCCUGGAUGAGAACUUUAAGAGGUGCUUCAGAGACUUCUGCUGCCCUGGAGGGCGGGGUCAGGGUGACUGUCACGGGGUGAGCAGAGUGAGGAGCACGCUGCGGGAUCACACCUGUGCCACUGAAGGGAGGGGAGAUGGGAGACAAGCCAGGCCCGUAUGACUAGCCAUGAACAUGUCCUCCAGGCCUUACCAAAGCUGGGAGGACUCUAUUGACCUGUGUCUAACUCAAAUCACUACAACGAUCUAAGAGGAAUCAGUAUUUCCUUAAUAAAUCCAAUAAAAGACCAAAACCAACAAUGAUUUCAACUUUCCCAGAAUUCCACAAUGCUAUCAAUAUUCUAAUGUAUUGCCCAUAAUAAUGUAACUCUAAGUUGAAGCUAUUUUAUAUAUUAACAUUUUGAACAUCCCAUUAAGUCAUAAUCUGAACAUUUUCAAACCAAUCCUAGACAUAGACUCCAAUAUGUCAACGAAUAACAAAAUCCACUUGUACAGCCCAAAUGUCAUUGAUUAGGAUAGGAAAACCCUAAACAAACUCUGGAAGUCUUGUCACUGAGAUCAAUCUAGCUGCCGAUUUCACUUUCAAUGUUACAUUAUGAUUACCUUCAUAUUCAAUUUUGGAUACACAGAAUAGUUGCUAACUUUGCUAAAUUAGAAACAGUGUGGGAGCAGUUUAGCUAAAAUGAAGAGGUUUGCUUAUUUUAGGCAAGAGACCAAGAAGAAUAGUUAAAUCUGAAAACAUUCAUGACAACAUUUAACAUUCUGAUUACGUUAGCUGUGCUGAUACUGGCAUAUUUACAUUGAUGCUUUAAGCUUUCAUGUGGAUAAACGUGGAUUGUCCUAAUUCAAAUAAGUAAAUAAAAUUCAUGUAUAUCAAGAUCAGCACAUAAGUACAUGUAGAAAUAAGGAAAAAUGGAUUUGAAUGUUUGCUGAUUCCUUCUAAAAAUUCAAAUGUCAUAAAACAUGUUGAUGGCUAUCCUGACUGUUAGUAGGGGGUAAUGCAUAGACCAACAUUUUAGAUUUCAUUAAAGUGGCUUUUGUGUACACUAUAAGUAUGCAUUUAAAAAAAAGGCCAAUUUAAAUAGACGGGAUAACACCCAUUCCGCUUUUUAACUCAAUAUUAGUAUUAUUUAAAGAGUCGCUUGUCAAGGUCUUAUGUUGGUUUUGGUCUUUGUAUGAGAUUUGUCGCAUACAUAGUAACUUUAUUGAAAUCAAACUUAGACCAUAGGGAUGCACGAUGGUGGUCUACAUUAGAGACUUUGGAUGUAACCCAAUCUCAAUGUACAUAUUUAAUAACUGAUUAACUUCCUACUGUGGAAAGCUAAAGCUAAACUGUUAGCACCUUGGCAUCAUUUAUUACCGGUACAUGUUGAUGGAUUUCCACUAUUUGCUGUGGCUAGAUGCAAAUGUUUUGUUCCUUUGACCUGCAUGUUCCCCAAGUGGCUGUCGCAGUAAGGUGAAUAAUGGCGUUCUCACAUGCUCAAAAGAUUAACUGCAGCUGCAGGCAGAGAAUGAGUACAAUAACUCCCCUGAUCAUUCUAGGGAAGGGAUUUGUUAAUAGUAUUUUUUACAGCUUAUUAACAACAUAUGUCAGUGAUAAUUUUGUGCUUUGCAGUACUACGUAUUUGUGAACUGCUGUUUAAAGAACAAUCUUUGUAGAAUAUUCACUCUCCACUCAGGAAUCAUUCUCUGUCAAUCGCAAAUGAAGCGAGGUUUUUGAUCCUUGACCAGACAGUUGACUGUGAAGGCGGUUGGCAGUGGAAAACAGAUCAGCACUUUCGGUCUUCAGAGAGAAACUUUGCAUCAUAAUGAGGUGUUCUCUUGUUGAGACUCUACCUCACCACCAAGCAUUUUCAACUGUGAGAUUUUGGUGCUGUGCACAAUCCAUGGACAUUUCAUCUUCUUCGUCUAAAAGUAUGAUUAACAUAUGUACAGUAGAGGGCUUCAGAGCUAAAGUCAAUGACUUUAUAGCAUAUGUGCAAAAUAAAAGACAACCACACAUUUUUAAUGAGAACCACAUUAUCUGGUUGAGUGUACAUUUCUGCUUAAAUUGUAUCGUUACAGGUUAAUAUUUGUGAAUUUGUGAAUGUAUGAUAAAGGUUAAUAAGUGAAACUGAAUGGUUGCUAACUAAAUAAAAGGGCAGCAUUCUUUAUUGAAACUUUAAUAGCCACCAACCUCCUCAUUUAUACAAUUACCGAAGUUUUCAUCAUGUUCAUGAAAUGUAUUUGAUGUAACCAAGUUUGAAUUGUAUUAGCAGAAAUGUAUAUCAUGUUUUUUAUUAUAUCUUGCAAAAUAAUCCUUUUAAUGGAUUUGCCGCCUUGCUUUUUUGAAUGCUGUGAAAAUAGUGGUACGUUUGAUUAGAUAAGAUAUUUAUUCUAUAAAUUUGCUUCAGGAUUAUAUUACUGCAGUAGUUCUAUUAAAAAGUUGUUCUUGUGCCUUGUUUUUAUGCCUUUAGCCACUAUAAGACUUAUUUUUAUCAUUGUAACUUAGCAGAGAAUCAGUUUUACAAAGGAUAUCCCACCUAUUUUAGUCACUGUUGUUCAUUCAUUGAACAAAAAUCCUUUAAUAUGAACCAAGCUCUGAGUCUCACACAUGCAGUAAUUAUUGUUCCAUCUGAUAUCUUGAUGUAUCUCUUAGCUUUGGGUGUCAAACAUUGUUUUGUUAA